CUUAACACUGCGCAUUGUUGCUAGCAGCCACGUCUCAUAGUCAGGUGCACAGAUAUGGGUAGAUAGGUCAUAGUUUGUGUAUGAGUGUCGUGUCAUUUACCACCUCCUCAUGUUACGGAAUAUGGCUGACAGCAAUGCUGGCUUUGUUUCCACUCCGCUGCUUCUCAUGUUACCGCAAAAAAACAACGGCUAGCUAACGUCAGUGUCCAACUUCCUCUUUUAUAACCCUCGCUGCUAGUUGGGGUUACUGUAUCUCUCAAGUUGAAGCAUCCAGAAUCAAAGAGAGCUGCUGCAGCAGAAGACAGGGACUCCAGGACUUAAAGCAUUCCCAGCAUUUACUGCAAGACUGAAAGACUGAGCGACUGAUCACUAGCUGGACCAAUCAGAAGAUGGACUAACCAUCAAAACUCUCAUCAACCCCCUUCUCUUCUCACCCACCUGUAGGGGCCCUGGGGGCCCUCAGGCAACAGGCGCAAUGCCGGGCGGCAGGCAUCCACUGUGGCGCUUUCUGUCACCAUUCCGCACCAGCCAGGAGCGAGUGGUGCUGGCCCGCAGUGAGAGCCUGCCAGGGGAGCAGGUGCUAAAGAUCACAGUCACGGAGACGACAGUGAUCGAGGCAGAGUCAGGCGUGUGGAACUGGCGCUCCAUGGCCUACCUGGGUCUCUGGUACUUCUUCAGCUUCUGCACCCUGUUCCUGAACAAGUACAUCCUAUCACUGCUGGAGGGGGAGCCCAGCAUGCUGGGUGCCAUUCAAAUGCUCUCCACCACCGUCAUAGGCUUCCUAAAGAUGUUUGUGCCCUGUUGCCUGUACCAGCACAAGUCCAGAACUGAGUACCCCCCCAACUUCAUCAUGAUCAUGCUGUUUGUUGGACUCAUGAGGUUCACCACAGUGGUUUUGGGCUUGGUGAGCCUGAAGAAUGUGGCAGUGUCUUUUGCAGAGACAGUGAAGAGCUCAGCACCCAUCUUCACCGUCAUCAUGUCCAGACUGAUCCUCGGAGAGUACACAGGACUGUGGGUAAACAUGUCCCUGUUCCCCGUCAUGGCUGGCCUGGCCCUCUGCACAGCCACGGAGAUCAGCUUCAACAUGCUCGGCUUCUCCGCCGCCCUCUCCACCAACAUCAUGGACUGUUUGCAGAAUGUAUUCUCCAAGAAACUGCUGAGUGGAGACACGUACAAGUUCAGCCCACCAGAACUGCAGUUUUACACCAGUGCAGCGGCAGUCAUUAUGCUUAUACCUGCCUGGGUGUUCCUCUUGGACAUCCCAAUGAUCGGGAAGAGUGGGCGAAGCUUCAACUUCAGUCAAGACAUCAUCCUGUUGCUGCUUUUCGAUGGUGUCCUGUUCCACCUGCAGAGUGUUACUGCCUAUGCUCUCAUGGGACGGAUUUCCCCAGUUACCUUCAGUGUUGCCAGCACCGUCAAGCACGCCCUGUCGGUUUGGCUAAGCAUCAUCGUGUUCAGUAACCCCAUCACCAUCCUCAGCGCCACCGGCACCGUCCUCGUCUUCAUCGGGGUCUUGUUGUACAACAAGGCCAGGCAGGUCCAGAGGGCAACUUUGCAGGCCAUGGCUGCCGAGCAGAACCACAAACCACUUCUGCAGGACCAGGACUUCCAAGCCUCUCAGUCACACUGAGGGCUUGGCGCGUGAGACUGAAAUGCUACCUGGAAAAGGAUCAAGGUAUUAACAACAUUCUGUUUGCUUAUCUGUGGCUGUUCAGACAGGCUAACUGAAUAUCUGUUUGUUCUUUACUGUGCACACAUUCUAGUUCAAGAGGACCGACUCAUGUUUUGUUUUCCCAGGAUCCAUAUAGUGUCACUGACAUGUCUUAGAGCUGAAGGUAAAUUUUGGUGACUGACUUUGUGUAGGUCAAAUCCAUCACUAGUCCUGUGCAACAGUAUAGACAAUAUUCCUUUGUCUUUAACCUGACUGCAUUCUUACAGUCCUUGAUCCUUUGCUUUGUCUAAUAUCGGUCAGUAAAAGGAAAAGCUCAGGGCGUCCUUCAGCUUUUUGAAGGAAGUGACUUCUGUAAGCUCUUAGUCUUACAUUUGCAUUCCAGAGCGUGCUGCUUUGUUUCUCAUCUGUGGUACAGCAGCUGCUGAAUGUAUGCUAUUGUGAAUAUGUGUAAAGCAUUGAAGCUGUAAGAUUUUUAAUCCUGUGAUGGUGUAACCUACACUGUAUCAUACAAUGUCAAACUGAUCUCGCUUGCAUCUGAAUAUAAGAUGUGAGCAGGGCACCGGUGCCUGAGAUGGGAGGCCUUUUCGGAGGCUUGUCCAGCCAAAGCUUCGACUUGCCGUUUGACACGUUUUUAAACAAUGUGUGGAACAUUUAAAAGCCACAUACUGCAUUCUAGGAAUGCUCAUCCUCCAUCAUGAACUGUCGUGGGUGUAUAUAGGGGUUUAUGUACUUGCAUUUUGUUCUUUGUAAACUGACUUUCCUUUAGUGCAUGCUGGGAUAGCAGCCCUGGCGACCCUGAACAGGAAAAGGGUCUUAAAGAAUGACUGGAUCGAUGAGCCGCUGUAGGUCACACAUUUCUAGUCUUAUAGACAAACAGUAUAUUACAACUUGGGUUUUAUUUUGUGGCUCGGCCCAUCUGCUCUGUUGGUUAUGCCCAACAGUCAGACCAUUGAACAGGUUCAACAAGUUAGUCACAGUAAAAGCAAACUGUGAAAUUAAUACACAACUGCCUGCUUUAAACAUCACAGUUUGCAAACAAAAUUUAUGGAUCAAUCAUGACCUGCUGUUCUUACUGUAGCUGUUUGCACUCCGUUUUCUUGUGCAAUAAGGCAUCGUUAACGACAUUACAAAAGCAAUCACUUUUAUUAUUCUCCCUCCAAAAAAAGCAUUACUGCUGGUUUACAAGCUGUCUGAUUGACUGAUCUGUUUGUGUUUCGUUCCCUGUUGGAUCUGUUUUUGGCUUUGUCACCAUGUUCCCAAAUCUCAGGUGAUUGCAGUGUUAUCACAAACAACAGAGCCAAUGGCCUGAACGAUAAAACUCAACUUGUAAUAAACCAGAGAGCCCCUAAAAGACCUCAUGCAUCAAACCCCUGUUAACUUUAAACAAGUAGGAUUCAAUAUAGAACCUGUGCCACUGGUUAAAGCGUCAUUUCUGUGAGCCUCCUGUGGUUGUUGCUACUUUUAAACACACAUGUUGUUCAUGAACAUGUUUGUGAUAAGAGCUGUGAUGACAAAUUAAGUGUUUUCCCCUCGUUGACAUCUUGCCAAAAACAGCUACAUGGUGCCAAUAAUGUAACAUAUGAAUCUUUUUCUGAUCUGUAAUCACACUGCCUCACGUCUCCUGCUCUGCUCUGUGUGUGCGUCCACGUUCCUGUGCUGAUUUGUCUGACGUCAGUGACUAACAAAGUCCAUUGGGUGUCUGAUAGGACCAAUCUGUGUUAAUCAUUGCAAGUCUGACUAUCAGGCUAGUUUUUGUGCCUCAAGAAGCAGUUUACUUUCUGUUCUUACAUGUUGUGCUCACACUUGGGCAGCAUUUUGAUUAUGACCACAAGGGUUGUCUUACUUGAACGCAUUUGUUGUAAAUUACGUUGAAACACGUUCAUUCUGCAUGGCUAUUUUCCUGUUAUUGUUUGAGAUUUUCUCUCUCGGUAAAGUGCUUAUAAAAACAGGUGUGGGCUCAGAUUAUAUGUUUUUACCCUUUUUUUCCAUGUUGUCUCUUUUGAAUGCUGCUUCAAGAGGCGAGUCCAGGCAAACUGGGUUUUUCUGUUGUGUAUUUGUAUCAUAUUUCAAAGGUUGGAAGAGUGGAGGUAGGAAAGAGCAGGUAUGAACUGUUUGUUUGGGAACGUGCAAAUCAAAGAUGUAAAAAUAUUGACUAAUAUAACUGUUGAGUGAGGAUGUAAUGAUGUUUGUUGGACACUGUGCAGAAAAUAAAGUAUUUUCUC